AUGGCUGCCUUGAGCUUCAGCCCAUCGCCACCGCCCAAGGAGAAUCCCAAGGAGAAUCCCAGUCCGGGACUGAAGGCCACCCUGAAGCCCUUUGGCAAGAUCACAGUGCACAAUGUACUGAGCGAGAGUGGCGCCAAUGCCCUGCAACAGCAUAUAGCCAAUCAGAAUACCAUUAUACGCAAGAUCCGAGACUUUGGUAUGCUGGGUGCGGUUCAGAGUGCGGUGGCAAGUACUACCAAUACCACACCGGUGCCCAGUCAGAGGAAGAGACCACUGGGAGAAUCCCAGAAACAGAACCAGCAGAAUCAGCAGCCCAGCGGGGGAAAAGCUUCAGUGCCCGCCAAGAGGAGCAAGACCAGCAAGAAACUGGCCGUGGAAAAGCCCCCGAAAACACCAUCAUCCAUAACUCAACCCAGUAAGAUCCAAACGGAACCCAGUUUGGGCACACCGGGUAGAAAGGGUUUGCCACUGCCACAGGCUGUGGCCCGUAGAAACGCGCGGGAAAGAAAUCGCGUCAAGCAGGUGAACAAUGGAUUUGCCCUGCUGCGCGACAAGAUUCCUGAAGAAGUUUCGGAGGCCUUCGAGGCCCAGGGCGCCGGCAGGGGGGCCAGCAAGAAGCUCUCCAAGGUGGAAACGCUCCGCAUGGCCGUGGAGUACAUCAGGAGUCUGGAGAAACUGCUGGGCUUCGAUUUCCCCCCACUCAGCGGCCAGGGCAAUAGUUCCGGUUCCGGCGACGAUAGCUUCAUGUUCAUCAAGGACGAGUUCGAUGGUCUGGAUGAGCAUUUCGAUGACUCACUGAGCAACUAUGAAAUGGAGGAGCAACUGCCGCCGGUUGGCCAGCCAGCUUUGCCAGUGGAGAAUCAGAUUCUCAAUCCUAAUCAGAAUGAGAAUCUGAAUCCCCUGCAAGCCAGCGAUCUCCUGCCCAGCUUGACCACCCUAAAUGGGAUGCAGUAUAUCAGGAUACCGGGGACCAAUACCUAUCAACUGCUUACGGCUGAAUUAUUGGGCGAUUUGAGCCAGGAGCAACAGCAAGAGCAGCUACAACCAGGAACAACAGCUGCCUCCGCGGGGCAGUUAUCGCGAUCAUCGCCCGUGCCACAAAAGGUGGCAAGAAGCCCCUGCUCCUCGCCAGUUUCACCUGUCGCCGCGAACGAGCUGCUCUUGCAGGCGUGUGCCGCCCAGCUGCAACAGCAACUGAUCAAACAGGAAUACAUCAGCGGUGGCAACAUCAACGGCAGCAACACCAGCAACACUUUGAGUUCCCCGCAGCAACAGCAGCAGCAGCAAGUUCCGAUCCUGGGAUCCUCGCCCAUUUUACCCGCUUUCUACGACCAGGAACCCGUGAGCUUCUACGACAACGUAGUGCUGCCCGGCUUCAAGAAGGAGUUCAGCGACAUCCUGCAGCAGGAGCAGCCCAACAACACCGCCGGCGGUUGCCUCUCCGAUGAGAGCAUGAUCGAUGCCAUCGACUGGUGGGAGGCACACACGCCCAAAUCCGAUGGCACCUCCACCAAUCUGUCCAUGUAG